ACAUUUCAGUACGUGAAGUUACAGAUACACUAUUCCGCCAGUGAGCACAUGCUGAGUUCGUAGGAUAUCCUUGCAUCUUAAAACUUUCUUAAACGCUAUCUAUAUUAUUUCCUCAGCGAUACUGCUGUGCUCGUCUGUGGCCAUAGUGAUAGGGGAGUGCCUUUUGGUGGAGGCACUCAUCUUAUUGGCCAAUGACCCUUGGUUACCAGCACAAACUCCACAACAGAAGACACAUGAGAGGCUGAGAGAUUUUGUUCAGUGGAACACUGGAAUAUCGGUAGCCAGCACAGUCGGUCAUUAAAAGAUAUGCCAUGGACUGUAAGUUGACAGCUCAUGAUUGGUAGACAAGUUCCAAUUCAAGAAGAGCGGGAAAAUAUCAUUUCAAGUAACAGUUCGACAUUUUAAACAGUUUCUCCGAGAAAUUGAUGUUUGCUAACGUUACUCUUACUGGACACCCAAAAGCCAACCUCACCGACCACCUAUGGAUGGAGAGGAGGGUCAGAAGCAUUCCUUUGCUGCUGAGCAGAUUCUGGAUGAAUAUUUAAUCACGCUCCAGCACAAAAACAGUCUCCUGUGUGUGUGCUGUUGCCUCAGGGUGUCAAAGAGAUUGAGGACCAAGGACCCCAAACAGAUUGAAUUGGAGAGGCUGGAGCAGGGCUUCUCAAUCUACCUCAACGGAGCCAACGCUGAGAGGCCCGACAACAAAGGCACUCCACCCCGCAGGAGGUCGCCUCAUACGCUUACAGCCUCCCCUCCAGCUGCACACAGAACUACACACACAGCAGAAUCUUCUAGAUGCAGUGAUACAGAGAAGGAGCUGAAGAGAAGCCAUACCGCACCAGGCAAAGUGCAGAGAAGAGAAUGGGUGCAGAACUCCGUCCACAUACGGACCGAGGAAGGUACCAGCCUGAAGCUACAACCAGAGCCACGCUACUCUGCUGACUUUGAGCCCUACGAAAGCAUCAGUAUGGAGGGUGCAGGUGACAGCUGUAAAGUGUCUCGGGCGUUGGGGAGCAGAUCUGAGUCGUGUUUGACCCAAGCCGAGCCGGACCACAGUGAGCGCGUCCUUCUCAACAUGGACCAGGUCAAGGUCCUGCGGCGCAGCCUGGAGAUGAGUGUUCGCCGCAGUAGUCGUGGUUCGGCUGGAGAAGACUCGGAGGACGAGUGGGUGGAAGAACAGAUCGAGCGGGACGAGAGCAGCGAGAGCCUGGAGGAGUUGGGUCUCUCCUCCCGCCCCAAAUACACAAACCAGCCAAUCAACAGCCAGCUGCGGCCCGCUGACCUCAUUGUGCUGGACUUUGGCCCCUCCACUAAUGCAGGUCGUAAAGUGGAACGCUCUUUGUCGGCGAAGAGAAAAGAGAAUGUAGAGGCCUAUAUCCCUACCAAGCCAGUCCUGGUGAAGAAACCUCCAGAAAGACUAGCAUCAAGAACCAGCACUCCCACGUCACGUCCUGGCAGUCGUAUAGAGCGCCCCCUGUCUGCAGCCCGCAAGCCACUGCAGGAGAACAGAGAUCCUGAGGAGACAGUGAGCCGUGUGUUCCAGGCCCUCCAGAGGGAAAACACACCUUUAUCCACACACACUCAACCCCCCGAGUCCAGGUCACACACACUCUCACCAGACCGCCGACAGCACACACCUGAGUCAAGGUCUCCUGCACACACACCAGAGCCCAGCUCACCUGCUCACACACCCAUACCCAAAUCACCCUCACCCUCCCCCAUCACCAGAUCUCCAGCACACACUCCUGUGCCCAGAUCUCCUGCACACACUCCUGUGCCCAGAGCUCCCACACACACGCCCAAGUCCAGGACUCUCAGCCCACAGCAGGCUGAGCACAGACUCUUCAGCCGGAACCCUGUCAAGGGUCAUCUGAAGAACGGAUUGGGUGGCACUGGUGAUGAAGAUGAGGAUGAAGAAGAUGAUGCAAGUCGGGUGACCAGAGCCAUGCAGAGGAUAACACUGAUGGGUGCCAGUCAACAGAAAAAGCUGUUGAAAGCUCUGGAGCGCAUCGAGUCUGAAUCCCAACUGGAGUGUCCUCCUAAACUCAAGAGUCAAAGCAGCGUGAGCAGCAGUCCAAGGAGCCAAGCGUCUGCCGAGGUCACACCGACUCUGUACGUAACCAUGGAGAUCCUGUCCAACUGGGGGAAUGAUUGGCAUGUGGGACUCACAGAGAUGCAGUUCUUCUGUGGGAAGAACCGGAAGAUCUUCGUGUCGCCCCACGACCUGGACAUCCGGAACGCGCAAGAGCCAGGGAACCUGGGAGCACUGGUUAAUGGGAAAACAAAGACCACUAAGGAGCGGAACAUGUGGGUGUGUGCAUUUCCUCCACCAGUUCAGCUUUACUUCAUCCUGAGGAACACUGAGCGCACUCAAGACUUCACCCUCUCACACAUCAAGAUCUGGAACUACAACAGAAGCCUCAAUGAUCUGGACAUAGGUGCUCGUCAUGUGAAGCUGUAUGUAAACAGCACGCUGGUCUUUGAGGGAGAGCUGCAGAAGGGUUGUGGAAACUCCGUGUUUGACUACAGCACCGGCAUCGACCUGCAAGAACUACUGCUCCCAGACUGCAACACUCCCAGCCCCGUCACAUCCUCACACAGCCUGAGGGGCUGCAGCCCACAGAGCCAUGACAUCCAGACCGACCAGGACGUCAGCACCCACAGCAGCCAACCAGAAGCCCAGAUAGAGCCAAGUAAGCAGGCACUGCCAGAGCCCAAGGCAGCAGCCAUGCAGAAGGACUCGCUGGAGCUCGAGACCCACCCUCUGGACACCGACUCACCCACGCCAGGCCUGUCGGAGGACGGGGAGCACACAGUGACCACACAGCCCUCCGGCCGGACUCCUGAUUGGCUCAAUCCCUCGAGCAGGGCGGGCCCCGAGGCCUCUGAGGCGGGGCCUGAGCGAGAACGGGAGCGGCCCCUGUGGCUGGCGCGUCCCGAGGCCAAAAGCGCCUCGGUGCUGCCGGAUCUGGCGUGCCACCCGGGCCGGGUGUGCCGGGGUGCGGCUCAGAGGUCCGCUCCCGGCAGGCCGCAGAGGCUCUUGAGCUCCGAGUUCAGCGCCGACUCCCUGGACCUGGACCCGGGGCUGAGCCUGGAUGUACGGCCAGAACGGGACCGGGAAAGGGGUCGGGCGGAUCGGGAUCUGGGGUCGGACCUGCUGAAUGACUUCAGUGAGCGGGCGGAGCGACCGGUCAGUGGGAGGAGAGGAUCGUCACGGGGAGGAACCCGAGCGCUCAGUCAGAACUCAGACCUGACCAGUAGCGCCAGUAGCACAGGCUUGGGUCCGGUCACUGCGGCGAGCCGCAGGCAGCGCUCCCACUGGCACAGCGAGCAGGAGGACUCGCUCAUGGAGUCCUGGGACUCGCUCACCAAGUUCAACCAGAGCCAGCGCGGGCGCAUCUCCAACAUGGCCUACGAGGGCGACAUCUUCGACGAGUUCCUGCAGCGCCAGAACGCCCACGCCCUGCCCCGCCCCGCCUCGCUGGACUUCCCGCCGGCCCCGACGCCCGACGAGCUGGAGGACGACCCCCCCGACCUCCGGGACGAGGAGGACUUCGAGAUCCCCGUGCUCCCCCAAGGCCAGACGCUGGUCGUCAGCAUCCUGUCGACGUGGGGCGACCGCCACUACGUGGGCCUCAACGGCCUGGAGGUGUUCAGCGCCACCGGCGAGCCCGUCAAGCCCGUGCUCGUCAGCGCCAACCCGCCCGACAUCAACAUCCUGCCGGCGUACGGCAAGGACCCGCGAGUGAUCACCAACCUGAUCGACGGCAUGAACCGCACGCAGGACGACAUGCACCUGUGGCUGGCCCCCUUCACGCCGGGCCGGCAGCACGUCAUCGAGCUGGAGCUGGGCCGUGUGCACCGGCUGGCCAUGGUGCGCGUCUGGAACUACAACAAGUCCCGCAUCCACUCAUUCCGAGGGGCCCGGGAGGUGGAGAUGAGCCUGGACGGCAGGUGCAUCUUCAGGGGAGAGAUCGCCAAGGCCUCAGGCACUCUGUCUGGAGGACUAGACCAGUUUGGAGAUACCAUCUUGUUUACCACGGACGAUGCCAUCCUGGAGGCCAUGUCCCGCUUCGACGAGACGUUUGUGGAGCGGGGGGAGGAGACGGGGCCUGGGGAGGUGGAGGAGGUGCUUCAGAGGCCGCGAACAGCAGACGGGGAGGGAGAGGAGAGGCCCUUCACCCAAGCAGGCUUCAGAGAGGACGAGCAACCGCUGGAUCUGCGGGUGAGCCCACGUUCUGACAGCUCUCCAGAUAUCCCACACACUCCAGGGGUGUACACAGGAAACGUGCUGAAGCUGACCCUGAGUGAGACGUGGGGGGACGUGCACUACCUGGGCCUGACGGGGUUAGAGGCGGUGGGCCAGGAGGGCCAGAGCAUCCCCCUGGACAUCACCAUGCUGGACGCCUCGCCACGCGACCUCAACGACCUGCCCGACCACAGCAACGACCUUCGCACCCUGGACAAGUUGAUUGACGGGCAGAACAUCACUAUGGAAGAUGAGCACAUGUGGCUGAUCCCCUUCAGCUCCGACGCUGAGCACCGGCUCACCAUCCAGCUGCCCACGGAGCACACACUCACCGGUCUCAGGGUGUGGAACUACAACAAGUCACCGGAGGACACCUACAGAGGGGUGAAGGUGAUGCAUGUUGCCGUGGACGACGUGCCGAUCUCUCCCCCUGAGGGCUUCUUGGUGCGGAAAGGUCCGGGCCACUGCCACUUCGACUUCGCCCAGGAGAUCCUGUUCAUCGACUACCUGCAGGCCACAGACAGUGGCUCCCAAACGCACAGUGGGAGCUCGUGUCAGAGGGAAGAGGCCAGUAUGGAUUAUGAAGCUCCACUCAUGCCCUGUGGAUUCAUAUUUCAGCUGCAGCUCUUGACCUCUUGGGGUGACCCCUACUACAUCGGCCUGAAUGGCAUUGAGCUGUACGACCACAACGACAAGAAAAUCUCCCUCAGUGAUAACAACAUCGCAGCGUUCCCAGACAGCGUGAAUGUGCUGGACAGUGUGAGUGGAGACGUGCGCACACCUGAUAAACUGGUGGACGGAGUAAAUAACACACAUGAUGGCCGGCACAUGUGGCUUGCUCCGGUACUCCCUGGGCUGGUGAAUCGGGUGUAUGUGAUCUUUGACCAGCCCAUGACCGUGUCCAUGAUCAAGCUGUGGAAUUAUUCAAAAACACCGCAGAGAGGGGUCAAGGAGUUUGGGCUGCUUGUGGAUGACCUGCUGGUGUAUAAUGGCAUCCUUGACUGCGUGAGCAUCGUGAGGGGGAUCCUGCCCACGUGUGACCCGGUGGUGCCCUACCACACCAUCCUCUUCACCAACAACACACACAUCGCUCAGAGGGAGAAGAACACCGUCAUCAGCUCUCAAAAGAGCAAGCAUCGUAAGCACAACCACGUGGAGGACCAGGAUGUGAAGAUGACCAAUGAAAAUCAGAUAGUCCAUCAACACAGACGAAAACAGAACGCCGACCCAGCCCUUCGUCCUAAAACAUGUAUGACAGACACGGGAAAGCUGGGCAAGAGAAGAUACUAAUGGAGCAGAAGUGGAAUGGAGGGGUUCGAGAGGGAGCUGACAACGGACAAGAUGCUACUUAACAGGUGUCAUAUUUGUUAGACGUGUGGCUCACUUGAGCUCAAGCACAUCCCCACUACCUGUGCUCACGGGCUGAGCCCUCACAAACUGCUGUGCCUUUCAGGAAACAGCCAAACACAAGGUAAUAAUAGCCACUGGAAACCUUCUGAAGCUAUUUAAGGCUUAUGUCAUCCUGCUCUGAUGACCUAUUUUGGCACAGAAAUCCUUGCACAAAGGUGUGUUUUUGAGUGGAAAACACACAUUCAGGGACAUUUAUUAAUGCUCAUCUCCAGAAAUAUUCAGACAGCGCAAAGCAAGCUUUUAAGAUGGGCCAGAUUUUUACCAUGUCUCACUCCCUCCCUCUCUCUCUAAUGCUGCUGUAUCUACAUGUAGGAUACAUGUGUAUAUACUUGUGUAUAUAUGCUUAAUAAUUAGUUGUCCAGGUGAUUUUAAUGGGAUUGUGUUGUUUGUCUGUAUUCCCAAGAGCAGGUAAGGUUCCCUAUCUAAGUGCCCUUCUCCGCACUGUACAUCUGCACGCUUUGAGUCAGUUCAUUAAACAAAAUGUCUGGUUUUGAAAAAUAUAUGAGCCAGCUUCACCCCAAUUAAUGUGAAAUGUGUAAAUGCAUAUACAAUUGUGCCGUUAUUGCCAAUAGAUAUAUUGAUAAGGGCACACAAAAAGACAAUGUGUAGAAUGUGUUGCUGUGUGUGGCAUUUGUGGCACAGCAUUACUCACCUUGCAAUGUAGAAAUGCUAGUGGCGAGAAGUUUGUACUGUAUAUACACUAUACAUUAUAUGCAAGCACUGGAUAUAUACCUCAAAAUUUGUUCAAAGUUUAAGCGAUAGUUUAUUCAAAUGUUUAGCUGCGUUUCAGUGUCAUUCAGUUCUCAGAAUGGACUAUCUUUGUGAAUGUGUG